AUGUCUGAAAAAGAUAGCAGUGAAAACCUGAAAGAAGAAACUUCUUACAAAGGUGAAAAUGAACAGAAGACAGAGGAACUUGGCUGUACUGAGAGCAACGAAGAGCAAGAGCUUGAGCCUGUGCCUGGGACUCGGAAAAGACCUGAGUCCAAACCCCCAAGCCAGCCUGCUGCCACAGAAAAGCCCACAGCUGAAACCCUCAAGGUAUCGGGUUCUCCUCCUGCAGUUCACACAGGAUGGGGGUAUUGGGGAAGCUGGGGGAAAUCUCUUCUGUCAACUGCGUCUGCUACUGUAGCUACUGUAGGUCAAGGUAUUUCAAAUGUCAUAGAAAAAGCAGAAACAACCCUUGGGAUCCCCAGUCCUAGUGAAAUCUCUUCAGAGACUAGAGAUGCUAUAAGAGGAAGUGAGAAUCCUGGUGCUAGCAGCACAGAUGCAGUUGAUGAUGGCCAUUCCUUUCCUAUUGCUGGGGCUCUUGGAGUUUUAUCAACCAUCUCUACUGCUGUCCAAAGCACAGGAAAAAGUGUUAUUAGUGGAGGUCUGGAUGCCUUGGAAUUCAUCGGGAAAAAGACAAUGGAUGUAAUAGCUGAGGGAGACCCUGGAUUCAAAAAAACAAAGGGACUAAUAAACAGAAACUCUACGUUAUCUCAGGUCUUACGAGAGGCAAAGGAGAAAGAAGAGCAGCAGACAGCUACUGAGGUUGCCAUGGCUACGGAGAAGAAAGCCCAUUAUGGGUUACUGUUUGAUGAGUUUCAGGGUCUUUCACAUCUGGAGGCCUUAGAGAUGCUUUCCAGAGAGAGUGAAUCAAAGGUGAAAUCGGUUCUGAAUGCCCUCUCUGGAGAAGAGUUGGACAUGCUGAAGGCAGAAAUGGAACAACUGAAAGAAGCAUUUUCUUUACCUGAAUUCUUUGAAGAAGAAGAGGAAGAGAAGAAGGGAGAUGAGGAGUUCACAAAAGAAGUAACAGAGUUGUUUUCAGAAUUGCAUACCUCUUCAAAGCCGGACAAACUGAUCAUGGUGAGGACAUCUGCUCAUGAAUGGAUAGCACGGUUCAACAGUAGUCUUCCUAAAGAAGAAAAAGAGAGUGAAGAAAACCAAGAAGGAGAAUCCAGAGGUGGUGACCAUGAUGCUAAAAAAUCAGUAGAGGAUAUUCAUGCGUUUGCCAUAAGAAAUCUGGCUGAACUGACAGCAUGCUCCAUUGAAAUGUUUCACAAAACUGCAGCUUUAUUUCUACAUGGUCAGAAACAAGAGGCAACAGCCACAGACAGAGCCAAGUCCCUUUCACAAAUGACAAUUGUGCUCUGUAAAGAACUGUCAACUUUCUCUAAAGAGUUCACUACGUGCUUAACAACUGCAGGGGUCAAAGAGAAAGCAGAUGUGCUUAAUCCGUUGAUCACUGGAGUGUUUUUGGAGGCUUCGAACAGUGCUUCAUAUAUCCAAGAUGCCUUCCAGCUCUUGUUGCCUGUACUGCAGAUCUCUCUUAUUGAGGCUAGAACGGAACUAUCACAGCAAUAAAAAUCCUUCUAAUUGAGAACUUUUUGACCUUCCCACUUCGUAGUUUCCGUGCUGGAGAAUGAUGUAAUGGCUGUUAUUAAAGGGAAAAAGAUUAACUCUGAUCACUGCUGCUGCAAGAAUGGUGAUUAAAUGCAGUCUGGCAAUGACAGCUCUUACAGCGCAUUGUGAGAUGUGAUUAGCAUAGUCCAGGCUGGUGGACAACGUGACAGACUUAAAGUGCAGAUUUCUUCCCUGUUCUCAUGGACUGCCUGUAUCUUUUUCACUGAAAUCCCUCUGCUGUAUGUGUUAUUAACAAGCUCUUUGGAGAAGCUCUCUGGACUGUGAAGACAAUGCUGGAGAAGAGAGUAGCAGCUGGCUAGUUAAAGAGUUAGCUAAAAUCUUGGUGUGAUUUUUUUUUUUUUUUUAAAGGCAGAGAGACAUAAUUAGGUUCCUGAUAGCACUGCAUUGGUAUUGAAGUGAAUAUUGGGUAGGAGGUGUGAGAAAAGGCAAAUAUUUAUGAUUAUGAACCUUGCCAUUCCUAGGCUGGGAAGGAUAGAGCAGAGAGGAUUCCUUCUCAAGCUGUUGUUGCUGAAGAGAAGCCCUGGCUUGCUGAAGAUGUCUGUUAAUGACUCGGGGAUGUGGGACGGGGACUCUCACUAGGGUGCUGUUUCUCAUUCCCUUGCAGAGUGCUUGCUUCAGCACGAGCUGGGAAAUUGCUGAUCUGACCCUAAGAAUGUGGCUACUUUGCCUUAUAGCAAUAAAUGAGAACUGGC